GGGAACCACAACAAAUCAUUAAUAUUAUUGUCCUUUGCCACAAGUUUGCAGAAAUACGAAAACGGGUUAUCAGAAAAAAGUAUAAUAUAUCAUCACCUUCCCUUCCCUUGAGUACCAAAUAAUUAAAGAAAGCAUGGUUAUCUUUCAGGACAAGAACCACCACCAAGGAAUUUUUCUCAACUCUCAUGGGCAUCCCCGCCAGUUUUAGCCUAUAUAAACACACAGAACUUGAAGGCGAAAUUAAUGGCGGCCAUGGGUGUGGGAGAAAUUGCAAGAAGGUGGAGAUUGUUGCAGGGGAGCAAUAACUGGGCAGGGCUGCUAGAUCCUCUUGAUUUGGACCUGCGUAAGAACAUACUCCUCUACGGAGACCAUGCACAGACGGCAUACGAUGCAUUCAACAGUGAAAGCAGAUCAAAAUACGCCGGCAGCAGCAGAUAUGGUAAGCGGGAUUUCUUCAACAGAGUGGGCUUAACAAACAAUGGAUAUCAAAUCUCCAGAUUUUUAUACGCCACGUCGAAAAUAACUGUCCCAGAGGCCUUUCUGAUAAGGUCGUUGUCUCGGGAAGCAUGGAGCUCUGAGUCGAAUUGGAUGGGCUACGUGGCCGUCACUUCACAGGGAGGCCCCCUGUCGAAAUACGGGCGUCGAGAUAUUACCAUUUCAUGGAGAGGAAGUGUGCAGACAUUGGAGUGGAUUGAGGAUUUUAACCCCCAGCAGGUCCCGAUUUCGAGUCUCCUCCCUGCCGGAGGAAGUAGUUUUCUGGAUGAAAGCGUUGAGAAGGCUGUGAGAGGCGGAGGGGUGAAAGUUCACAGAGGGUGGUUUGAAAUCUACACAUCGGAUGAUCCCAAGUCGCCAUUCAAUAAGAGCAGCGCCAGAGACCAGAUUUUUGCUGAAUUGAAGCAUCUGCUCGAGGUUUUUAAAUAUGAGAGCCAUGAAUUGAGCAUAACUCUUACUGGGCAUAGCCUGGGGGCUGCUCUGGCGACGCUCUGUGGAUUCGAUAUUGUUAUAAAUGGGUUGAAUAGAUUGAAUGAUGGAGGAUCGCCCAUUCCUGUGACUGUCAUUGCCUUCGCCAGCCCAAGGGUGGGGAAUUCUGAAUUCAAGGAGAGCGUUGUGAAAUUGCUUCCUGAGCUUAAAAUACUGAGAGUUAAGAAUUCCCCUGAUUUGGUACCGCUUUAUCCCGUGGUUGGGUAUGAGGAUGUGGGUGUGGAGAUUCGAACCAAUACGGGCGAUUCGCCCUUCCUUAAGGAUUCUGGCAAUGCCAGUAACUGGCAUAACCUGGAUGCGUAUUUGCAUGCUGUGGCGGGGAUGCAGGGGAAGGGGGAUUUUAAGCUGGUGGUGGAUCGUGAUGUUGCUUUGGUGAACAAGCAUCUGGAUUGGUUGAAGGAGGAAGAGUUGGUUCCUGGGUCAUGGUGGAUUCAGAAGAACAAGGGCAUGGUGCAGGGCCUCGACGGCCACUGGAGCAUGGAACCACCUGCAGACCAAGAUAUUCCCCGUCCUGAAGAUUCUCUCAACUAAUGAAGAUAUGUUAUUAGACGUAUUUUUGGAAGAGAGGUCGCAAGUUCAAAUUUUACAAAUAGUAUGUAUGUUUCGAUUGUCAUAAAGUGUCCACUGCAAGAAGUACACAGUAGUCUCAUAUUGCUACCAUAUUUCUAUAAGUUAUCUAGACCCACCUCACAUUGUAAACUAUAAAAUAAUCGUUCUUUUUUUCUUUUU